AUGGGCUACAUUCUAGAAAGAGUACCAAACCAGUGCCGAGGCAGUGGAGUCUUCGGGCUGGAUUGUGUUUCUCCUAAACAUUGGACUCAGCCCAUGAUGGGGUCCAGAAAUGAGCCUGACAAAAUUGCCCUGAGUCCUGAUUGUCACAGCACAGCGGGCUGCUCAGAGCAAUUAGAAUUAGAGCCCCGCAAUUUAUAUUUCAGCACAAGUGAGAAUUGUCCAGAUUCAGUCAGAUUAAAAGAAUUAAAGCAACGGGAAUUUGCUCGAAAUGUAGCUUCCAAGUCAUGGAAAGAUGAGAAGAAACAAGAAAAAGCACUUAAACGACUUCAUGAGCUAGCUGAGUUAAGGCAACGGACUGAAUGUGUUUCUGGAAAUGGACCAGCAUACAAAGCCCCCAGGGUAGCCAUAGAAAAGCAACUCCAGCAAGGAAUUUUCCCAGUUAAGAAUGGCAGAAAAGCAUCAUGUGUGAAGAGUGCUCUUUUGCUUAAAGGCAAGAACCUCCCCAGGAGCAUUUCCGAGAAACAGCGGUCUACCACGCAGAGUCGACACCAGUUACAAACGGACAGACUUUAUUUGUUUGGGAAGCGGGUGCCACAAAUAUCUUCAGAUCUCAGUAAUGCAAAUCACCGGACAGGAGUAUCCUUUUCUUUUUCCAAAAAAGUACAUGUAAAAUUAGAAUCUUCAGCAUCAGUUUUUAGUGAGAACACAGAAGAAACUCAUGAUUGUAACAAGUCACCCAUCUAUAAAACAAAACGAACUGUGGAGCAAUGCAAGUGCUGCAAGUUUGCAAAUGAGGGGACCCGCCUCCCUAAGGAAGAAGAUAUAAACAUCUCAUCAAGCCCUCUGGGGAGUGUUUUACACAAUAGUGUCUCCAUAAGUUCUCAAAUUUGGGGAGACAAAAAUGACUCUGUUGAAACCUUACAAGAUUCGGUUGGCAUUCAUUCUUCUUUCUCUAAAUCUAACAUGCAUCUUUCAGAGGUGGAUUUUACUCAUUCCAGUAGAGAAAAAGAAACUAGAAAUACAUUGAAGAACCUUUCAGAAAGCUGCAUUAAUCAUGCAUGCCAAGCAUAUGCUUCCUCCAGCCUACCAAACAUUUACAAGCACAGUGAUGCCAGGGUAUUUGAAUGUCUGGAUGAGUUUCCAUCACUAGAGCCAAGUGAGCAAAAUGAUCCAGUGCAUCAGGUUUCCAACUUCAGAAAGGAGAAGAGAGAAAAAUACUUAGAUGGAACAGAAAGAGUUAGCAAAAAUGUGCAAAGGCUCAUAAGAGAAGCAUGUUCACGUGAUGUGAAGUCCAAACCAUUGCCUUAUCUCCAUGUGCAAAGCAAGGAUGGCCACACCACUCUCCAGUGGCCUACAGAGCUUCUGCUCUUUACCAAAACAGAGCCCUGUAUCUCUUAUGGCUGCAACCCAUUAUAUUUUGAUUUUAAGAUUUCCCGGAACGCAAAGCAUAGCCAUGAUCCAGAGGACUUAAAAACGAAAUUGAUUAAGGAGCCCUUAGAAAUGAAGACUAAAAUAGAGAGCCAAGUCUCAGGUUUAAUCAAAGACCAAGAAAAUUGGAUCCAAGAAGAUAAUCAAUCUCCGAAACCAAAGACAAUAGCUAAUCCAGAUUGGGAAAAUUUCCAGAGAAAACAUAAUUUGGGAUACAAUGAUUCUGAGCCAAACAUAAGUGAACACAAUAUUAGUACAAGUGAUUUAGAAAUGAAAAAUCCUGAAGUGCCUGCUUACCUUGAUAUCUCUCUAAAGAAUUGUGUAGGAAACAAUAGUGAUAACAAGCUUAAGGAACCUGUGAGGGCCCAUUGGCAAAGCUGCCGAAGGGUAGUUCUAAAUGAUGUAAAUGAGGGCCUGUCCUUUACUCCUUACAUCCCUAGGACUAAAAAGCAUAAACUGAUUCCCUGUGAUCCUCAUUCAGAUUUUGAAGAUGGAAGUCAAUUCAGCUGGAAUUCUAGUCCUUACACAGUAAGGGGUCGGAGUGACCAUGGGCAGGACUUCAGUGUGGUUUUGAAUAGUAACCAUGUCAGUAUGACCAACAGAGCGUCUGGGUGUAGAAACAGAAGUUACAAAAGAAGUCCUCCAAAGUUGUCUCUAGAUGCAUGUUCUAGUCCUUCCGACACAUCGCCUGACAGAACACCCAGUACUUGUUCAAGUCAGAGGUCCAGCAGCAAUGGCAGAGGUAAUCUACUGUACUUUUGUAAAAGAGAACACAACUCAGCUAAAAGGCUCAAAGAGAAAUGCCGAAAGCACAGCUGCCUGUGUUUGUCUGGGGAGGUAGUGAACAGUGACUGUCUUCAGUCUGAAACACAGAGAGACCGGAACUGCAGGUUGUGGGAAUCGUUUAAAAAUAAAAAGUACUCAAAACAUAGACAUGGUCACUGCAGAGAAAGAUGUAAACUAGGCAAAAAUCAACAACAAUCUUUGGGGCCCAUAUCCAGAAGAGUCACCCAUUGUGAUACCAGCUCUUCGGUUUUCCAUCCUGGGAAUAGUGGAAAGCCACCUGCUUUCCGGGGACCUCAGCACAGCCAAUUGGGCCCUUACUCAAGAAAGAGAAUUUAUUACGUAAAUAAAAGUGAAAGAAGUCAACAGUCUUUGCACAGCCCUUAUGUUUGUGACCUGGGAAACAUAAAACCCACGCAGUGUCACUCUGGGAAUAUCAGCUGUCUUCUAAGGAACUGUCCCAGCAACUCAGAGUUAAACAUCACGGGAGGGAAGAACUCUGUGACAGCCAAAUGCCUUUUAGAAAGAGUUCAAGCCAAGAAGUGUCAGGAACAAUCAACUAAUUUUGAGGCCUCUUCAAACACUUGUAAAAAUGAAUCAGAAGCUCAUUCAGAAAUCCAAUGCACAAUUCAAUUCACACCACCAGGCUGUAACAGACCAGCAUUGCCUUUGUCUGAAGAAAUACAAACCCCGAGUAAAAGAAAUAAUGACAGAAGCAAUGCAAUGCAAAGAACUAUUGAGAAAGACAAAGUCAACAGUUCACAGACAAAUAAUUUUACUGUUUUAGUAGACACUGAUUGUGAUAACCAUCUUUCUAAAGGUAUAAUUCACAUAGUAGCAGAAUCUCUGCCACCAAACAUGAAAAAGAACCCAACAAAAGAACACUCAAAACCAUUAACAAGUGAAGUCCAACCUUUCAUUCAACGCUGUGACCCAGUGCCAAAUGAUUUCCCUGGUGCUUUUCCACCCAAUAGAUACACUGGUGUUACUGAUUCAACAGAGACCAAAGAGGACCGAGUAAAUCCAAACAUGCAGGAUGCAAGCAUGCAUGUGAAUCAUGCCGAGGGGAAUACAGACUCUUACUAUGACAGAACUAUGCAGAAGAAUGACAAAGUAGCAGAUGAAUUAGAAUUGUGUCCUAAAUCUCUCUCUCCCCCUUUAAUUCAACAGCCAGUAACAUUUUCUCCUGAUGAAAUAGAUAAAUAUAAGCUCCUUCAGCUCCAAGCCCAGCAGCAUAUGCAGAAACAGCUCCUGUCAAAGCACCUCCGAGUGCUGCCCGCUGCGGGGCCAGCGGCCUUCCCUGCGGGAUCGCCUGUGCAGACAGUCCCAGCUCACCAGCACGCUUCUUUCACCACCAUCCACCACACGUUCCUGCAGCAUUUCGCUGUUUCUGCCUCCAUUAACCCCCCGAGUAGUCCACUCCCUAUAGCUCACCUACAUCCUCUUUCACAGCCACAUUUUUCUCCAUUUGCAUUUUCACCACUGACUCCAGCCCUCAUCCCUGCACACCCCACUUUUAUGGCGGGUGGUCCCCUGCAUUUAGUUACUGCUACCCCCUUCCACCCAUCUCAUAUAGCACUUCAGCCCCUGGCCCCUGCAGCUUUCAUCCCCACGUUGUUUGGCCCUCACUUAAACCCAGCCACAGCUUCUAUCAUCCACCUGAAUCCUUUAAUUCAACCAGUGUUUCAAGGUCAAGAUCUUUGCCAUCAUUCUUGCUCCAGUCAGAUGCAACAGUUAAAUGGAGUGAAAGAGGCCUUAAAUGUGUCAGCAUCCUCAAAGUAAUAAGUGUUAAAGCCUCUGUUGGGGAUAAAUAAAACAAAUUGUCACUACCUACCAAAUGAUGUAAGUGUUCUGAUUAUUAUCAGAUUUAAAUAUUGGUGCCAAUUCAAAAUGUAACCAAUAUACAAAUAUGAAGUGAAUGGCCAAUAUUGAAAUAGGAGCAUUUUAAGAAUUUCUUGUAACUUGAAAAAAUAAUAGGACAAAUUUAAAACUAUUUUAUGGAAAGGGAGAGGGGAAACUGUUAAAAAUCCCUUUUAGAUGAAUUCUCACAUAGUAUUAUGAAAUAAUAACAGAAAACAUUCAAGCAGAUCAUUAAUAUUAAUCAAAUGGAAUAUAAUGCUGUAUGUUCUAGGUGUUUGUUGAGUGACUGAAUGAAUGAAUGCACAUUUGAUUUUAUUCACCAGAUAAUAAUAAAAGGUCAGUAAAAUGAAUUAAUUAUUAAAAAUAAUGUUUUAUAGUUAACUAUUAACUAGCUUUCAGUCUAUGUAAUUUGUUUCAAUCAAUAUAAUCUAUAUUUUCAUAGAAAAUAAGAGAUAGCAAGAAGUUCUGAUUGAGGGAAAAAACUACCCUUCAAUGAAAAGCGACCUUUACACAGAUUAUACUUGUAGUAUUGAGUUUCUGUGAAAAAUUGGGUUAUCUUUAUUUCACACACAUCUAUGUAAAGAGAAUUUUGUAAUUGUAAGAAUCACUGACAUAAAAUUAAAAGUGUUUAACUUUUGUAUAAGAAAACAUAUAAAAACUAUCAUUAGUAUUUGACAAUACAAAAUAAAAUAUACUCAGAAUAACAUUUUGAAUACAUUGGUCAGUCUUUCAAAGAUUAAAGGGACUAAAUAGUAUGUUUUCUUUAUUCUUCUCAGAAAUCUUACUGUGUCCAGCCAAUGUAUAAGUGGAGACAUAACAGUUUGGAAAUGUCAGAAUUUUUAUGUGAUAUUUACUGGGAAAAUGUUAAAAAGUACUUGGUGUAUUUUAUUCAAUUACACUAGAUAUUUAUAAAAUACAGCGAAUGAUGAUGAAUAAAACACCAUUCAUGUAAUUUUGCAAAUGGUUUUAAAUAUUUGUUCCAAAUGCUUUCUGGCCCACAGAAUUUGUAUUUUUUACAUUUAUAUUUCUGACUGGUCCUCCAGUUUGCUUUAUUACUUUAUAUUCUUAAAAUGAAAGAAAAACUUGUGUGACUGUACAUUCCCCAUAAACAUGGGUUUCAGAGAAAAUUAAACAGAAAUGCAGGUGGUCAGUCAUCCCCCACUGUGUAUUAUGAUGCAAACUCUCCCACCACUGGAGAUACGAGGGCACUUUAUUCAACCUUAGCUUUCCCAGGAGGAGAGCUGCACUUACUGAAGUUCUACCAUAUGCCAAGGGAGUCAGGCGAAGCACUUCACCCACAUUAUUUCAUUUACUCUUCACUGUUGUGUUUUUUCUAGAUAGAUAUUUUGUUUAUUUUUACCAUUUAUUUUUAAUUAGCAUUGACAUACAAUAUUAUAUUAGUUUCAACAUAGGUGUGCAACAUAGUGAUUGUAUUUGUGUACCUUAUGAAGUGCUCACCCCACUAAAUCUAGUCCAUCUGACACCACACAUAGUUAGUACUAUAUUAUUGACCACAUUCCCUAUGCUGUGCUUUUCAGCCUGUGACUGUUUUUAUGACUGGCAAUUUGUAUCUCGUAACCUCUUUCCCUUUUUCACCCAGCUUCCUCAUAUCUGGCAACCAUCAAUUUGUAUCUAUGACUUUGUUCCUGUUUCUUUUGUUCAUUUAUUGUUAUUUUUUUUAGACUGCACAUCUAAGUGAAAUCAUAUGGUUUUUGUCUUUUUCUGUUUGACUUAUUUUACUUAGCAUAAUACCCUCUAGGCCCACCCCAUGUGGUCUCAAAUGGUAAGAUUCCUUAAGUUUUCACGGUUGAGUUCUAUUUCAUUGUAUAUAUGUACCACCUCCUCUUUAUUCAUUUAUCUAUCAGUGGAUACUUAAGUUGCCUCUAUGUUGGCCAUUGUAAAUAAUGCUAAAAUAAACAUAGCAGUGCAUAUAUCCUUUUAAGUGAGUGUUUUGGGUUUCUUUAACUAAU